GACCAGCCACUUCUUCCACCCGCCAUCCUCACCUCCCCACCCGCCAUCCGCACCCCCGUCGUAUCCCAGGUCUCCCUUCGUCAUCGUCUUUGCUAGCGGUGCUCAUCCGUCGCUCGUCGUCCUUGGCCUCCGAAGACGUAGACGCUUGGCUCUUGGAGUGACUAGCAGCCGCCGCCGCCGCCUUCCUCUUGAGGUACAGGAAAAAAGCACGGCAGCAUUGUCAGGGCUUCCCGCUCGAAGCGUUGCCCCCUUGAUUCCCACCUUCUCUAUAGCCAGAGAUUGCAAAGAUGACGGCCGAAGUCAGCUCAGCGUACGACUCGUACAUGGACGCCACCAUGAAGGAGGUGCCCAUGGAUGGCUAUGGAGGAGAGUAUGCAGGCUAUGGGGAUGAGAUGAUUGACGAGCCUGAUGUAUCACAGGAAGACUGUUGGGAUGUCAUCCGUGCCUUCUUUGCCGAGAAAGGUCUGGUGCGACAGCAGCUCGACUCGUUCAACGAAUUCGUCCACAACACCAUGCAGGAGCUGGUAGACGAGGUCAAGAGCUUGACGCUGGAGCAGAGCAGCCAGCAUACUGGCAGGGAAGACGACAAGGCACGCCGGUAUGAGAUCGAGUUUGGGCAGAUCUACCUGGCAAGGCCCAACAUGACCGAAGCAGACGGUAGUUCGGCAGGUCUGAUGCCGCAAGAGGCUCGUCUGAGGAACCUCACCUACUCUGCUCCACUUUAUGUGGAUGUCAAAGAGAGGGUCUUGACCCAAGUUGAGGGAGAGUUUGAUCCGGAAACGGGUGAUCCGCUAUGGGCGCCUGAGCCAGGGAGAGAAGAGCUAGCGGUGGACAAGAUCUUCAUCGGAAAGGUUCCCAUCAUGCUUCAAAGUGACUUCUGCUGGCUCAAAGACCGCUCGCAAGAAGAGCUGUCAGCUUUGAGGGAGUGCCCGCUCGACUCGGGUGGCUACUUCGUCAUCAAUGGUUCAGAGAAGGUCCUCAUCGCUCAAGAGCGAAUGGCCGCAAAUCACGUCUAUGUCUUCUCGAAAGCACCACCAUCACCUAUCACCUUCCUUGCCGAGAUUCGUAGCGCCGUGGAAAAGGGUGGGAAGACCAUCAGUACCAUGCAAGUGAAGCUCUUCUCGAGGCAAAAGGACAAGGCAACCAACAACGCCAUUCGAGCGACACUUCCUUAUAUUCGGUCCGACAUUCCCAUCGUUGUGGUCUUCCGAGCCUUGGGCAUCGUUCCCGAUCGUGAGGUCCUGCAACACAUCUGCUACGACUUCAACGACACUGCCAUGCUGGAGAUGCUCAAGCCCUGUAUCGAAGAAGCCUUCGUGAUUCAGGAGCGAGAGGCAGCUUUGGACUUCAUCGGACGUCGAGGUACUGCCACUGGUCUCACCAGAAGCAAGCGACAGAUUUAUGCCCAGGAGAUCCUGCAGAAGGAGAUGCUGCCCCACAUCUCGACUUCUGAAGGUUCCAACACUCGCAAGGCAUACUUCUUCGGCUACAUGGUUCAUCGAUUGCUUCUCGCCGCCUUGGAGCGUAGAGAGAUUGACGACCGUGAUCACUUCGGAAAGAAGCGUCUUGAUCUAGGUGGACCCCUGCUGGCGGGUCUCUUCCGGAUGCUCUUCCGCAAGUUGACUCGAGAUAUCUACCGUCACUUGCAGAAGUGUGUUGAGGAGCAGCGAGAGUUCCAUCUCACUGCCGCUGUCAAGUCGAGCACAAUCACGAACGGUCUACGAUACUCUCUUGCUACUGGUAAUUGGGGAGAUCAAAAGAAGUUCAUGCAGGCGAAGGCUGGUGUGUCGCAGGUGUUGAACAGGUACACCUUUGCGUCGACGCUGUCGCACUUGCGGCGUUGUAACACGCCCAUUGGUCGAGACGGAAAGAUUGCCAAGCCUCGUCAGCUACACAACACCCAUUGGGGAAUGGUCUGCCCUGCCGAGACACCCGAAGGACAGGCUUGUGGUCUGGUCAAGAAUCUCAGUCUCAUGUCUCUCAUCUCGGUCGGCUCUCCUUCUGCGCCGCUUCAUCAAUUCUUGGAUGAAUUCGGUCUUGACAACCUUGUUGAUAUGCAGGUUUCAGCAGCAAAGGCCACCAAGGUCUUCGUCAAUGGUGUCUGGGCUGGCACUCACAACGAACCCAGCUCUCUCGUCGAGACUCUGCGAGAUCUGAGGAGAAAGGACGACAUCACGACCGAAGUCAGCGUCGUGCACGAUGUGCGAGAAAAGGAGCUGCGUCUCUAUACCGACUCAGGUCGUGUGUUGCGACCGCUCUUCAUUGUCGAUCCGAAGAGCAUGCGCCUCUUGAUCACUCGAGAGCAUAUUCAGUGGCUCAAUGCUGAUGAGAAGCCGGGCGGCAACAUGCUCGACGAGGCAAAUAUGGAGGCAGAUGAAGAUGAACGAGAGCGCUUCCAAUGGAGUCAGCUGGUCGCCGAAGGUGUCAUUGAGUACCUCGAUGCUGACGAGGAAGAGACGGUUAUGAUUUCGAUGAGUCCGCAGGAUCUAGCCAAGUCGAGGCGGCUGCAGAGGACAGGCCUCAUUACCGGCGAAGCCAAUGGUCUCGACGGUAUGCCGGAUGCUUCGGCGCGUCUCGUGUCGUCUCGAUACUACGAGCCAAGCACAUGGACACAUUGCGAGAUCCAUCCUGCCAUGAUCCUGGGAGUCUGCGCUUCCAUUAUUCCCUUCCCGGACCACAACCAGUCGCCGCGUAACACAUACCAAUCUGCCAUGGGUAAGCAAGCUAUGGGAGUCUAUCUUACCAACUACCAGAUGCGUAUGGAUACGAUGGCCAACAUUCUUUACUACCCUCAAAAGCCCCUCGCCACGACUCGAUCGAUGGAGCACCUCAACUUCCGAGAGCUGCCUGCUGGUCAGAAUGCCAUUGUGGCAAUCUUGUGCUACUCCGGAUACAACCAGGAAGAUUCGGUCAUCUUGAACCAGUCCUCCAUUGAUCGUGGUCUGUUCAGGUCCCUCUACUACCGUACCUACACUGACUUUGAGAAGAAGGUCGGAUUCACUCUUCAGGAAGAGUUCGAGAAGCCAAUGAGGGACACUGCCAUCCGACUGAAGCACGGAACUUACGACAAGAUCGAUGCUGAUGGUCUGGUAGCCCCUGGUACCAGGGUUUCCGGGGAGGACAUCAUCAUCGGUAAGACCGCUCCUCUGCCUCCGGACAGCGAGGAGCUCGGUCUGCGAAGCAAGACACACACGAAGCGAGAUGUCAGUACCCCACUCAAGAGCACCGAAAGCGGUAUUGUUGAUCAAGUCCUGAUCUCAACCAACCAGGAAGGCAGCAAGUUUGUCAAGGUCCGCGUGCGCUCUACUCGUGUGCCUCAGACUGGUGACAAGUUUGCUUCUCGACACGGUCAAAAGGGUACCAUCGGUAUCACAUAUAGACAAGAGGACAUGCCAUUUACAAUCGAGGGUGUGACUCCCGAUAUCAUCAUCAACCCGCACGCCAUUCCGUCGCGUAUGACAAUCGGACACUUGGUCGAGUGUCUGCUCUCCAAGGUCGCAACCUUGUCGGGUCAGGAAGGUGAUGCCACGCCAUUCACCGACUUGACAGUCGAGGCAGUCUCGUCCAUCUUGGCCAAGCUAGGCUACCAAAAGCGAGGCCUAGAGGUCAUGUACAACGGUCACACUGGUCGCAAGCUUCAGGCACAAGUGUACCUGGGCCCUACCUACUAUCAGCGACUGAAGCACAUGGUCGACGACAAGAUCCACUCGCGUGCUCGAGGUCCCGUGCAGAUUCUCACGCGUCAACCCGUGGAAGGUCGAUCCAGAGACGGUGGUCUGCGAUUCGGAGAGAUGGAGCGUGAUUGUCUGAUCUCGCACGGUGGAGCUGCUUUCCUGAAGGAGAGGAUGUUCGACGCGUCGGACGCUUACAGGGACUUCCGCUGUGACAAUUGUGGAUUGACGGCCAUUGCGAACCUAAAGAAGGGAGAAUACUUCUGCAGGACUUGCUCGCAGAGGACGCAGAUCAGUCAGGUGAUGCUGCCUUAUGCCGCUAAGCUGCUGUUCCAGGAGCUAAUGUCGAUGGGCGUGGUGACGAGGCUGUACUAAGCGGGCAGUCUGUGCCACGGUGCUUCGCUGCUCUCUCUCUCUCUCUCUCUCUCCUUGCUGUCAUGCCCCCCUCUGCAACUGGUCGCUGGCUGGCUGUCAGAUCGUAGUGGCGGUGGCGACUUCUGUCUAGAUCAAGGAAUUUCCUUUCCUCUUGCUACUCUACAAUGUAAUUUUACCCCCACUA